UAUAAACUUAAAAUAGUGAGACAAGGAGAGAGAUAGAACGAUAAUAUACAUAAUUAUCUUUAUAAAACAAAAUGGGGUUUAUAGGGCUAUGUGGCAUUUUCAUUGUCAUGUUGUGCCUCUUGAUACUAUCAUUUUCUUGGUGGAUUUUCCCUAUCCAAAAACAUAAGAAACUUAAAAGAAAUGGGUUUGGAGGGCCAACUCCAAGCUUUCCACUUGGAAACAUUAAAGAGAUGGGAAAAAAGAAUAUUAGCAUUCAAUCUUUAGUUGCAUCCACAAAUCUCACUCAUGAUAUUCACUCAAACGUUUUUCCCUACUUUUCAACUUGGCAAAAAUCACAUGGUAAGGUGUUUGUGUACUGGCUAGGAACAGAACCAUUUUUGUACAUUGCAGAGGCAGAAUUCUUAAAGAAAAUGUCAACAGAGGUAAUGGCUAAGAGAUGGGGAAAACCAAGUGUGUUUAGAAAUGAUAGAGACCCUAUGUUUGGAAGUGGAUUGGUUAUGGUCGAGGGCAACGACUGGGUUCGUCACCGCCGUAUUGUUGCCCCCGCAUUCAAUCCUCUUAAUCUCAAGGUGAUGGCAAACAUGAUGGUCGAGUCAACAAAUGAAAUGAUAGAUAGAUGGAGUAGCCAAAUAAACUUUGGCAACCAUGAAAUUGACGUGGAAAGAGAAAUUAUAACAAUAGCCGGAGAAAUCAUAGCAAAAACAAGUUUUGGUGUGGAAGAUGAAAAUGCUAGAGAAGUGUUUCAUAAACUAAGAGCCUUACAAAUGACUCUCUUUAACACUAAUCGAUAUGUAGGGGUUCCCUUUGGCAAAUACUUUAAUGUCAAAAAAAAUCUUGAGGCUAAAAAACUUGGCAAAGAAAUCGACAAACUCUUAAUGUCCAUUGUGGAAGCUAGAAAAAAUUCACCUAAAAAGAAUUCUCAAAAAGAUUUAUUAGGGUUGUUGCUUCAAGAAAAUAAUGAAGUGGGAAAAUCAAUAAAGACAUUCACAACAAGAGAAAUAGUUGAUGAAUGCAAAACUUUCUUUUUUGGUGGACAUGAAACAACAGCACUUGCUAUCACAUGGACUUUGUUGCUUCUAGCCACACAUGAAGAUUGGCAAAACCAAUUAAGAGAAGAGAUAAAAGAAGUAGUGGGAAACAAUGAGCUUGAUAUCACUAUGCUUGCUGGUCUAAAGAAGAUGAAAUUGGUGAUGAAUGAAGUUCUAAGACUAUAUCCACCAGCUCCAAAUGUGCAAAGGCAAGCAAGGGAAGACAUUCAAGUUGAUAAUUUAAAAGUACCUAAUGGAACCAACAUGUGGAUCGAUGUAGUAGCAAUGCAUCAUGACCCUGAAUUAUGGGGAAAAGAUGUGAAUGAGUUCAAACCGGAGAGGUUCAUUGAUGAUGUGAAUGGUGGAUGUAACCACAAAAUGGGUUAUUUACCAUUUGGAUUUGGAGGGAGGAUGUGUGUUGGUAGAAACUUGACAUUUAUGGAGUACAAGAUAGUAUUAACAUUACUUCUAUCUAAGUUUAGUUUUAAGGUUUCACCAAGUUACAUUCAUUCACCAUCUAUCAUGCUUUCCUUAAGGCCCAUUCAUGGACUUCCACUUCUUGUUCAACCCCUAAAUUAAUUAGAAGGCUUUAAGAGGAGCUCAAUAUUGUUAAUGUUUUUUAAAUCUUGAAAUUCUUUUUUACUCAUUUUUUUAUAGCAAUCCCUUUGCUUGCUUUAUUAUAUAUUGUACAUGUUGGAAAUAUCUAUAAUAAGAUCCACAAAUUAUUUUC